AUAAAUCGGACAACCAGACAAAUAUUCAUCAUCUGAGAUUCUGAAUCGCCCCACUUUCUCCUCUACUCCUUGCCUUCACGGCUUCACCCGCCCUUCCCCACUUAUCGGGCAACCAGACAAAUAUUCUUCAUCUGAAUUGCCUCACUUUCCCUCUGCCACUUGCCUUCACCGCUUCACCCACCCCUCCCCACCUCACUUGGAGAAAGAUAGAGGGAGUUGCAGUGCAGCCAUGGCAGCCACCAGCAUUGAUAAUUCCCCACUUCCUAGCCAAAGAUUAUUAGAGAAAGUGGCGCUGGUCACUGGUGGAGCCACUGGAAUUGGAGAGAGUAUUGUGCGUCUAUUCCUUAAGCAAGGUGCAAAAGUUUGCAUUGUUGAUGUGCAAGAUGACCUUGGCCAGAAGCUCUGUGAAACGCUUGGCGGUGACCCAAAUGUAUGUUUUUUCCAUUGUGAUGUCACAAUAGAGGAUGAUGUUUGCCAUGCAGUCGAUUUCACAGUUACUAAAUUUGGCACACUUGACAUUAUGGUCAACAAUGCUGGCAUGGCAGGCCCACCCUGUUCUGAUAUUCGUAACGUGGAAGUAUCAAUGUUUGAGAAGGUAUUUGAUGUAAAUGUAAAGGGUGUCUUCCUUGGAAUGAAGCACGCGGCUCGUAUCAUGAUCCCAUUGAAGAAAGGAACAAUCAUAUCCUUAUGCAGUGUUUCUAGCGCCAUAGCAGGUGUUGGCCCGCAUGCAUACACAAGUUCUAAGUGUGCUGUUGCUGGCCUGACACAGAGUGUUGCCGCAGAGAUGGGGGGACAUGGGAUACGAGUCAACUGCAUUUCACCCUAUGCAAUUGCUACAGGCUUGGCUUUGGCUCACCUGCCUGAGGAUGAGAGGACGGAGGAUGCCAUGGCUGGUUUCCGUGCUUUUGUAGGAAAAAAUGCGAACUUGCAGGGGGUGGAAUUGACAGUUGAUGACGUUGCUCAUGCUGCAGUCUUCUUAGCUAGCGACGAGGCGAGGUACAUAAGCGGCCUUAAUCUCAUGCUUGAUGGGGGCUUCUCCUGCACAAAUCACUCACUUCGGGUCUUCAGAUGAUGCCAUUUGAAGGUAAGUUCUCUCAUGAGCAGGAUUGCAGCACAGGGGUUAAACAUUUGCUUGAAAUGUAAGAUAUAUAAACCUUUCUCGUGACCAAGCAUGCAGUGAGGCGUCUAAUGACUAUAAUGACUAUAGUCUGGUCAGUUGUAGGCAAUAUUUCUAUUUGAAUCUUAUUGACAAUAUAUUACUGAUUGAUAAUCCUCUGCACAUGGUACUUGUAUGGUUGAUUCCUUUCCAAGAACUAGAUCAUUGUAUCUGUGUUUGGCAAUUCUGCAGUGGAAAUGAGACGAGUGUUUUCUCA